AUUCAUGGAAGUCAUAUCUCAGUUUUCAGUAAGCUAGCAAAUCUCUUCAGUUUGUGAUCAUUAUCAUGGCACAUAACAUUCCAACUUUUGGCGUCAUAACAGCAUUCCUAGCAAGAUUUGAAGGACUCUUUGGACAGUCCGAACCGGAGCCAAAUCGUAAUUUCGUAGAAAUUUCGGCAACGGAUGUGUUUGCUCCGACGGUGAAGAUGGAAUUUGAGAGAGCAGCAAGCAAUCCCAACUUCUUUCACUUUCGAUUUUGUUUUAGCAACAGGUACUGGUCACUCCCCAGUCCAUACUCAUCGUCAAUUGUUGCAGUGUCCGACCAAAAAAAUGAAGAUACAUCCCAGCAGACAUGUACAUUGUUUGAGCCAGUUUUUGAUGCACAGAGAGGAACAUAUUCCAUCAGAUUCGUUCACAAUGGAAGGCAUGUUCGAGUAACGAACGGAAACCGUAGAGUCAUUGUUGAUAAUCUAGGCCCUGGAGGUGUGGAUCAGUUCUUUCGUUUCUACUUGACAGAGUGGGAUACAUUUACAAAGCUGCCCAAGUAUAUAACAUUCCAAGGACAUAAUAACAAGUUCCUCAAACCUGUCACUCUGCAAGGACUUGUCUACCAUUCAUUCUCUUCAGACGAAAGCAAUUCCCGCGAAACGUCCUACGAGGUCAUCGAGAUUGGAGAUGGACAUGUCCGUAUAAGGCCUUUAGCCUUCGAAACAGAUGAGGUCUGGAGACGAAAUCGUGAUGAUUGGAUAGGGCAAUCGAUACCGGAUCGUACCCGAGAAACUUUGUUCUGGCCGGUCAAGGUUGGUGGUCGUGUAAUUGCGCUUCGCAGCGCAGGCAACGACAGAAUAUGUAGAAGCCUUACACAGGGGAAUAUGAUAGAUUGCCUCACUGCUCAGGCUACCGGACUCGUUACACAAACUAGACUCACAGUGAGUGAACUAGUUAUGGGGAGGCGAAUUUAUGAUGUUGUUUAUCACAUGGACAAUGCUCGGAUCUACGGUCACAGAGCUGUCGUAACAGGAUCUGGCCGUUCUACUAACGGCGGACAAGAAGAAGCUACUCAAAGUAUUGCCGUUACGUUUACAGAUACUAGCUCUUAUACUUUUUCAAACAGCAACUCGUUAUCGACAGGAGUUACUACCUCUGUUACUGCUGGUUUUGGACGCAUCGUGUCCACGGAGGUAGGUAUCGAAAUAUCGUCUGAGCAAACUGUUUCGGUGGAGGUAGGAGAAGAAGUGUCGAGAUCAGUCACCGCAGAGGCUACAUAUACAACAGUUGUGCCGCCAAUGAGCACGGUAAUAGUUCACUAUGUGGCAACAGAAGGAAAGUGCGAUAUUCCUUUCUCGUACACGCAGCGCGAUCAGGAUUCUAUUGAUGGGAGUUUUCGUUUUAGUCAUAAUAACGAUGGUGUUUAUACUGGUGUCAAUUAUUUCAGCUUCCACUUUGACCAGCCUCAGUUUAGAAGCCUGCAAGAGAGUGAUUAAAAUCGAAGUGUUGUGUUGUUUCUUUCUUUUUAAUAAAUGUGUUGUUUGUUUCUUAUUGCAACUCUUUAUGUUCUGCUUUGUUUGCUUCUCUUAGUACCAUUAUAUGAUGGUCUGUUUGAUGAUUCUGUACUUUAUUGUUUCAGUUUAAUGUUAUAUUAUUACUACAAUUAAA